AUGACAACACCACACUCAUCCGGAAGUGAGCCCAAAAGUGCCAAAGAUGGCGGCGCAGGGACCGAUGGCGAUAGCUAUGCGGCUGAGAAACCAACUGCAGUCCGUCUAUAAGCUCGACCCGUUGAGAAAUGAGGAAGAAGUCAAAUUGAAAAUCAAAGACCUGAACGAGCACAUUGUUUGCUAUCUGUGUGCAGGGUAUUUCAUCGAUGCCACAACCAUCACAGAGUGCUUGCAUACAUUCUGCAAGAGCUGUAUUGUGAAAUACCUCCAGACGAGCAAAUAUUGCCCAAUGUGCAACAUCAAAAUCCAUGAAACACAACCCCUGUUAAAUUUGAAGCUGGACAGAGUUAUGCAGGACAUUGUCUAUAAACUGGUCCCAGGAUUGCAGGAGAGUGAGGACAAGAGAAUUAAGGAAUUCUACCAGUCGCGUGGCCUAGAACGAAUCAUCCAACCCUCUGGGGAUGACGCAGUACCAGACGCUGCAGGCCUGCCGUACACCAGCUUUGAUCACUCGAAAGCCCACUUCUACAGAUAUGAUGAGCAGAUCUCGCUCUGUCUGGAGAGACAAAGCGCUUUGUCUUCAUCGGCUGGGAAAGAUAAGACCAAGCUGACGCUACAGCAGAAGUUUGUUCGGUGCUCGGCGAGGGCGGAGGUGCGGCACCUGAGGCGAGUUCUGUGUCACCGGCUGAGCGUGGAGAAGAACCAGGUCCAGAUGUUCUUCAACAACGAGUCCCUGCCCGAUCAUAUGACCAUGAAACAACUGUGGCUCUCCCACUGGUUUGGCAAGGCACAGCCUUUGGUCCUUCACUACACAAUCAAAGACAAGCGGACAAGAUAGGACCUGUACCCUUUUUUUAAAGGGUCUUUUCUGCUGUAUAUAUUUUGUAUUUUAUAUAUUCUAUUUUAAUGAUAUUUCUGUACAUAUAAAUAUACUUAUUUAGUUUAUUCCUUGUUCUACUUUAAAGAAAAAUAAUAAAUUUUGUGAUAAGUGACAA